AUGGAUUCACCUCUCAACAUACCUGUUUAUGAAGAAUCAAUGCUAUCCAUUCGAAGUCCGACACUAUCAUCAAAAUUACGGCUGAUGAAAUCGGCCGGAAAAAGAACAAUUGACGGUGAAAUAAAAUGGAAAUCUGGUGUAUUAGACCGAAAAUAUGAGUGUCCAUCAUGUAACGGUUAUUUGAGAUUUCCCAUUCAAUUCGAAGAUUGUGGACAUUUUGUUUGUUCAGGUUGUUUGCCGGAUAUAUUACGUUAUAGUCAAAUCGAAUGUCAAAAUGGUUGUGGUAUCAAAUUUGAAAAACGAUUUUUCGAAAGGCAUAACGUAGAAGAUUGUCCAAAACGUAGCAUUACGUGCGAAUUUUGUCAAACAACUAUUUUGCAUGAAGAAGAAAUUUUACAUUUGAAUGUGUGCACAGAAUUUCGCGUACCAUGUCCAAAUCAUUGUACACAACAAGAUAUACCACGAGGACAAAUGCAAAAUCAUCUUGAUAAUGAAUGUCUGAAACAAGAACUAUCCUGCCCAUUUGCAGAUUGUGGUUGUGAAUUCAAGGCUGAACGCAUGUUGAUCACUAAACAUAUUAAAGAGUCACCGGGAAUCCAUUUGAAUAUGACAGGUAAAACAAUAUCGAUACAGAAGAAAUUGUUACAAGUUCAUGAUGAACGGAUGCAAGAGCAAAAGAAAUGGAUUGAACUCUUAGCCAAGAAAGCGAAUGCAUCAGAAAAAUCUUGUGGAAGUCAACUAAUAUGGAAAAUUGAUAGUUAUCAAGAAAAACUGAUGGAAGCUAAAAGUGGUAAAAAACCCACAAUAUUCAGUCCACCAUUUCUGACAAGUAGACACGGUUAUAAAUUGGCUUGUUCUGCUUGUCUAUAUGGGGACGGAAAGGCAAAAGGCAAAUAUUUAUCAUUAUUUAUUUGUGUAUGUCGUGGGGAAUAUGAUUCAUUAUUAGUAUGGCCAUUUUCUCAUCGUGUCAAACUCAGUUUAUUGGACCAGUGCGAAGAUCCAGAUAAUUGUCGACACAUUAACUAUUUUGUUAAACCAAAUAUAUGCAAAGAAAAUAAACCGUUUCUCGGUAGACCAAUUGGUGAACGGAAUGCUAGUUUUGGUGCGCAAAAAUUCACAGAUUUGGAGACAUUAUCAACGUUGGAUUACAUUAAAGAUAAUACAAUUUAUAUUAAAGUUGAAAUUGAUAAUGAGGAUAUGAUUAUCAUUUGA